GCCAUUGUGCGGGCGCCGCUAAGGACGACGGGGCUCGGGGGCGGGGCCGGCCGGGCAGGAUGGCGGCGCCCAUGGAGGUGGCGGUGUGUACGGACUCCGCGGCGCCGCUGUGGAGCUGCGUGGUGUGGGAACUGCAUUCGGGCGCCAACCUGCUCACCUACCGCGGCGGCCAAGCGGGGCCGCGGGGCCUGGCGCUACUCGGCGGCGAGUACCUGCUGGCGGCUCAGCAGGGCAAGAACUACAUCUGCGCCUGGGAGCUGCAGCGCAAGGACCAACUCCAACAGAAAAUCAUGUGUCCUGGGCCGGUCACCUGUCUGACCACAGCACCCAACGGCCUGUAUGUCCUGGCAGGAAUUGCAGAGAGCAUCUACCUGUGGGAGGUCUCCACUGGGAACCUCCUGGUCAUCCUCAGCCGUCACUACCAGGACGUGUCGUGUCUCAAGUUCACGGGUGACAGCAGUCACUUUGUCUCCGGGGGCAAGGACUGCCUGGUGCUGGUCUGGAACCUCUGCAGUGUCCUGCAGGCAGACCCAUCCAGGAUCCUCGCCCCAAGGCAUGUCUGGUCCCACCACACGCUCCCGAUCACAGACCUGCACUGCGGUUUUGGGGGCCCCAUGGCCCGGGUGGCCACCGCCUCGCUGGAUCAGACCAUGAAGCUCUGGGCCAUCUCCUCGGGAGACCUGCUUCUGUCUGUCUUGUUUGACGUGGGCGUCACUUCGGUGACCAUGGACCUGGCCGAGCACCACGUGUUCUGUGGCGGCAGCGACGGUUCCAUCUUCCAGGUCGACCUGUACAGCUGGCCUGGACAGAGAGAGCACAGCUUCCGGCCCGAACAGAGCGCGGGGAAGGUCUUCAAGGGGCACAGGAACCAAGUGACGUGCCUGUCGGUGUCCACGGAUGGCAGCGUCCUCCUCUCGGGCUCCCAGGACGAGUCGGUGCGUCUGUGGGACGUGAAGAGCAAACAGUGCCUGCGGACAGUCACCCUCAAAGGUCCGGUGACCAACGCCGCCAUCGUGCUGGCCCCGCCCAGCAUGCUGAACCCCGAAUUCAGGCCCAGCCUGCCUCUGCCCCACUUCAACAAGCACCUGCUGGGUGCCGAGCAUGGAGAUGAGGCCCAGGGCGGGGGCCUGCGCCUGCAGCUAGGGCUCCACCUGCAGGGCACUGAGCAGACCUACCUGGAGCGGCUCGAGCGGCUGCAGGCGGUGCUGUCCAGCUACAUGGCGAAGAACAUGCUGGGCAACCAGAUGCUGCCCGCGCGCGUGCUGGAGCUGGAGGAGGAGGUGCGCAGUCUGCGCAAGAUCAACCGCGACCUCUUCGACUUCUCCACGCGCAUCAUCACGCGGCCCUCCAAGUGACGGGAACACUUGCCAUCGGCCUGUGGGCCGCUGUCUUAACAAAGAAUGGACAAAGAAGCUGAUGCCUCAGGCCGGGCGGUGGUGGCACACGCCUUUAAUCCCAGCACUCGGGAGGCAGAGGCAGGCGGAUCUCUGUGAGUUCGAGGCCAGCCUGGUCUACAGAGUGAGAUCCAGGAAAGGGGAAAAGCUACACAGAGAAACCCUGUCUCCAUAAAAAACAAAAAAAAAAAAAAAGAAGCUGAUGCCUCGACUGUUCUGUCCCUGAGGGGCCGGGGCUUGGUUGGGGGGCCUCACACCUGGGGACCCUGGGGUAGGUGAGGGGCUGACGGUGCGGAGCCCCUGCUCACAAGGGCCAGCCAGGCGGCCGCCAGCCCCUCAUGGGCGUCCAUAGCUCAGUCUCCACAUACUGCCCCGGGUCUGCUGCCAGCCGUAGCCUGGAGUUCAGCCCAGAUACCCACAGAACCUUCCAGAAGGCCGCACUCAACUCUCGGCCCCGCCUAGCGAUCCAGAAAACCGUGUGGUUUAGCAGAGUUGUCUCCCCGUAGCUCGGGCGGGAGCCAAUGCUGACCUCACGCCUGAACCCUGUCGCUGCGCCCUCGGGACGUCCACCCCUGGGCAGCACCUGGUGGCGAGAAGUGACCGAACUCUGAGGAGCCACACUUUCCUCAGUUUACCCACUGAGCUGGCUCGUUGCCUGCUUGGCCCAGAUACCCUGAGGAGCCCUCCCAUCAUUCCCUGGCAUGUUGAGGUUUGGGGAGAGGGAGGCACACAGGGACCCUACCAGCCAUGGGUUCCCAGCUCCCCAGAGGCUUCUGGAGACUUCCUAAGACUAGGGCGAGCUCAGGGUCCAGUCCUCGGGAGCUCAUGUUGCCGCCUACGCCUGGGGUUCUGUGUGUGUGUGCGUGUGUGUGUGUGUGUGUGUGUGUGUGUGCGCGCGCGCGCGCCCUGCAUUGCCACGCACCAAGUGCUCACCUGCUGUGCUGGCCUGAACUCGGGGAUCCCCCUGGCCUAAGCUCCCGUUCCCCCAUUGGUGCCUCCACUUCCCAUGCUGGCUCCCCUGGGGUCAUGAGAAACGAGAGUUGUCCUUGAGACUCAGCUGCCAUAGUUACCAGGCUGGUUCAAUGCCAAGCUACAGAAAGGUCCACGUUCCCAGUCUCAUGAGCAGUGGGGCAGCCUGGACUAAGACCCCACAGACCUCAUGUGACGGGAGGGACAGGGUGGAGGCAAAGGCCAGCACAGCCCCCGUGCCCACGGGAGGGAAGCGGACGCAGCAUAGUCCCGCCGUGAAGUGUGGAGGGACCUUGAGGACGUGUGCCCAGUGAGAGCUGGCACCAAGUGCCACCCACUGCAGGACGCCGUGACACGGAAUGUCCAGAACAGGGUUCUUGGGGAUAAAUUUGUACUUUGUGAGGCUCUCCCCAUCCAAAAACAGUCUUGCUGCAUUUCUUUUCAUUCAGCUGGAGUGGCAGGUCCCAUGGUAGUGAAUCCUGACAGGCCUACAAUCCAGCUGUCCCGUGUUCAGUGGACUGAGCAGAACUGACGUCCAGGUUUCUAUCUGUAGACUGAAAGAGAACCCGCUGGCAUUGUGGACAAGGGCAGAUUUCAGGACUCCAUCCAAGGGGACGAGGCUGGUGGGGAGAGUGCCCUGAGCAUCCCUGAAAUGACGUGGUGGCCCCAGCCCUGAUGGACCCCUAACCUGAUGUACCUUGGAGCCCUGGCCGAGCGCCCAGACAGCCUGCCAUCCUCAGCCAAGCCAUCUCAUUAAAAGGCAGCUCAAAGUGCA